AUGGCGAGAUUUCUGAGCACCUGUACACCAAUUUAUCAAAUAGCCCAGUCUAUUAUCCUCCUAUGCCUCCUGAUCAAAGGCGUUAGGGGGGUGACGGUCCACGAUGUCUUCAACGUCAAAAGCGGGACAACCAAUGGUGGAUGUGACGGCCAAAACGUCGACCAGUGGUUUUCGGAUUCACAAACGCUGAUAUAUUCAGCAUCCACUGGUGCGGCGGCUACAGAUACAGAUAAUCGAAAAUAUCUGCAGACCUUUUUCAGUAUUGGCCCAAAUGACGACGCAAAACAGGCUGGUGAUCCAAUCAAUAGGGUCAAAGCCAUUCUCGACGGGAACGCCGAACCCGAUGGGGGUAAGCCUUGGUUGUUUUGUAGUAGCGAUUGGCUCGUAGAGCAAAAAUGGACAGAUAUAGCAUAUGAUGCAACAACUGGCCAGCUUCAUUCUGAUGGAACCAAGAUCGAAGAUGUGUUCCCUAUAAAACUAAAUGAAGUACCAUUCUGGUCGGAUGAUCUUAGGCAGUAUUUGAGUACUGUACCCGGAGACUACUGCAAAACGACAAAUGAUCUAGCCGUCACUCAGGACCAGACGACACCAGGAACCGUUACCCUUUGCGUGCCCAAUUUCAACUCGAACCAAGUCAACUCGUUAGCUGAUAUCCCCGCCGUUACAACUCAGAGAACGUCGAUUUCCACUCUUCAAGCCCAUUCGUUGAGUUUGUUCCACGAGAUGUUCCAUUUAACCCUGGGUGUUGCGCAGACGCCAGAUGCCGGCUACGAGCUGAACUCUGUCGUCCGGUUUGGGACAAAAAAGGCCAUUUCGAAUCCCGAGUCAUAUACCUUCUACGCUUUGGCAUAUUAUCUCGGCCAGCGAUUCCCGCAAUACACCUUUGCCAAUUCGAAAUCCAUGAAUAAGCCAGCGGCUGCUGGGACGAAGCGAUCCAUAUUAGACUUGGGGAAGAGCAUGCUUCUUCCCUUCCAGCCGGCGAAGAAGGAUCUUCCGGAUAGUUCUUGGGUAGCUUAG